CUCGAGUCAAGCUUGAGUCCCUGACGCUGGAGUCAACGCAGACUGAGCCCACGACGCGGUUGCCCCGGGGCUCCCUGGCUGGCGGUCACGAACAAAGCUCGCACAUGUGGUCCAUAACGGCGGGGAUGGUGCCUGCGGUUAGCUCCGCUCGGCGGUACUCAGUGGAGGAUUUUGAUGGAGCUUGGCAUGAGCGGGCGGAUGCCGGGCACGUCUCCAGGAGCCAGACAAAUGGCUCCGUUCGCAGAGGGGCCGGAAUAGCGCCGCAAAUCAUCUUGAUCCAAAAUAGCUGCAGGUCCCUGGCAAACUUGGGACUGAAGAAAGCUCAGCUGAAGCCCCAAACGAGAGAAGGGCUACCAAGGGGGCAACACGGACUCGAACGUCUAGGACGACUUAUUUGUUCCCUCGUUUCUUCUGGCCAUUUGCCUUAUUUUGAGCCGUUGCCGUUCCGUUGUGCAGCUCAUCCGAAGUUGAUUGGUCUUGAACCCUUUUCCCCCGCACAUCUCCAAGGUCAUCCCUCGAUUUGGUCCAUGGUCAUCGUCAGAUCGAUCUUUCUUCUCAACUUCUUUUCAUCAUCAGCUGACUCACAAGACGACCACCUCACACGACCUUUACCUCAGCUCUACUGCUAUUACUGCUACUUACCUACACAGUAUACCUCAUACCUCUCAGUACGGAUACAGAAACGGCAGCAACCCUCCUUUUGCUCGUGGCCGCCCCUCAUCCUUUCCCCCCCCUUCUCUCUCCGCUUCUCAUUCGCCUCGAACUGUCGUUUCUUUUUUCCCCGCAUUUGCACAGGCAAGCCGCAAGCUGCACGCCGCACCGCACGCCGCACCGCACGCCGUACGCGCAACGGAAGACGAGACAGGAAGACAGACAGACACUGGACGUCCAGACGAGACGAGACAAGACUGGACAGAAACUGGACAGGACAGGACAAGACCGACAGCCGAUCCCGACGGUCAUCGAGCAGACAUCGGACACGGAGUGAGAAGCUGAGAGCAGCAACCAACAAACCUUCAUGCGCUAGCGACAACCAACAAGACAACCCCCCGACGCCAUCCACCAGCCAGCUACCGACACCUCGACUGAUGAGGCGAGGACUGACGAGAGACGCUACUUACGCUACGCUAUCCGUACAUACAUACCUACCUUCCUCCGUACCCUACGUACUUCACCUCACAGCCAGGCCACACCUUACCGACCCUACCUUACCUUAGCUUCCUUCCCCUUCCCCUUCCCUUGCCGGUGAGGGGCUGAGGCGGCUGAGGCGGCCGAGAGUGGACUGGAACUGGCUUUUUGACCGGGGGGAGGCUGGGCUGCAGCACUGUCCGAGUCGAGGCUUGUUGCUCCACGACAGGUCUGCUUCUGCACUGCACUGCUUUUCUGCUGGACUGCGACUAAUCAUCACUCCACCGCGAAAUCUCUCGCUCAAACUCUUUAACGGCCGUCACCCCUG